AUGGAUAAUCAUACUGUUAUAGGUAUAAUGCAGGUUGCUUUGAAAGAAGAGGCUGAAAACGAUUCUGGAAAUGACGAGAUAAAGAAAUCUCGGAAACUCAAAGGUCUUAAUCGUCGUGUUAGUUUUGCAAGCCAUGCAUCUGUUAGAUUGUUUGAAAAAGAACAGGAAUUUCGGUCACCAAAUUCUACUCCUUCUAGUCAAUCAUCUUUACUUUCAGACCAAAAAUCUUUAUUAUCACCAAUUAAACGAAAUUUUAAAUAUCAAAAAUCACUUUUAUUAAAUAAUUCUCCAAAAACACCAUCACCUAUAAAGUGUAUUUCUCCUGUAAAGUCGUCAAGAUUAUAUAUAAAUUCUCCUGUCCCAAUAUCCCAAGGACAUAAAGUUUUGGAUGAUUUAAAUCAACAUGAUUCCGAAAUGGUAGAAGAUGCAUGUUGUUUUAAUUUUCAAGAAAGUGUUUCUAAAGAUCACUUUUUUGAUUAUAAAAAUAACUCAAAUUCUAAAGAUAUUGAUGGAGAAAUGACUAUGGACUUGACUGAGAUAAUUUCUAAAUCAGUGUUUGAGGAAAAAAAAUCUGAUGAAAUAACAGUAAAUAUGAUUAAUACUGCUACUGGUUCUGUAUUUGAAGAAGAUUUAGCAGAAAAAACUAUGGAUUUAACUAAAGUGAUCCCUGGAUCUAUAUUUCAAGGAAAUAAAGAAAAUUUCACUGCUCAUUCAACAGAAAUAGUUGAUAAUGCAUCAUUUGAAAAAAAUAGUUUAGAGGAAGUAAAAAUGGAUUUAACAUUAGCUCUUGGAAAGAUUCAUGCAAGUAAAAAUGCCAUAGAUCAUAUUAAUUUUCAUUUACAGUCUGAUAAAAAUUCUAAUUCAAAUGAAAAUCAAGAUAUUUUUGUUAAGGAAAACAAUCAACUUUCUGAAUCUUUAGGAAUACGAUUUAUGGAAUUAGAGAAUUCAGUUGAUUCUAAAUUUUUAAAUAAUGAUAUUGAUUCUGAUAAAGAUAUUGCUGAGAUUGCUGGAACUAUUUUGAAAAGGGUAAAUGAAAUAGAUCAAAAAGAUGGAUUAACUAUGGAUUUCACAACUGCUAUUGGAAAUGUUUUAUCUGUAAAUGGGGAGAUUAAAGAAUCUUCUGAUACUUUUAGUAGUGUUUGUUCGGAAAGAAAAUCAAGUUCAAUACAAAAAAAGAUUUAUUGUGAUUCAUCUUCUAAUUGUUUUUUACAUGAUGAUUAUUAUAAGUCUGCAGUUAUUUAUGAUGACGAUAAUACAGUUGAUAUGAAUCUUACUAAGACCGUUCCAUAUGUUUUAGAAGUGAAUAAUUUAUCUUCAAAAAAAAAAGAGGAAACACGUACUUCAGAUCAAUGUAAUGAUAUUACUUCUAAUAUAGAUAUGACAAAAUUAUUUGAUACAAAAUUGAAAUCUCCACAGAGAAUUCUUCGUAAUGGAGUUUUAGCUAUAGAUGCUCUUUUUGGCAAAAAAGCUUUAAAUACUAAUAAUAUACGUCGCAUAAGUGGCAUUUCUGUGCCAGUUCAAUUAGGAUCUCCAAAAGCUGCAGAACUUUUAAAAAGUAGAAAAAGUAUGUCUGGUUUUGAAGAAAUGAAAUUAGCAGGAUUAGGUAGUCCAGCUAAUAAAAUUGUUAUUGGGAAGAAAUCAAUGUGGGAGAAUGAAGUAGCUAAAGUAUGUACUUCUAUUUUAAAUGAUUUUGAUAUUAAAAGUCGUAUUAUUCAAUUAACACCUAAAAAGAAUGAUACUUUGUCACAGUCGUUAGCUAUUCAAAAUGUUUUAAAAAGUGCUACUUUUCAAGAUUCUGGAUCUGAAUUAAAAAGAAAUUGUGAGAAUACUUUAAAUAAUAUAUAUGUUUUUAGUCCAGUAAAAAAAAAUUGCAAUAAUAGUCCUAAUUUUAAGAAAAAUGAGUAUUCUGAUCAUUUAGUUGAGAUGCAAGAUGAAAAUAAUUUUUUGUCACCAAUAACUUUGACGGAGUUUUUGAAAAUAACUUCAAUAUCUUUUUUAGAUGGGCUUACUACUACGAAACGAAGAGAAACUACAUUUUUCCCUUAUUUAGCUCCAAAGCCUCCUAAUUUGAAAGAAUUAAUCUAUACUGCAUCUCUUACACUUCCUGUUCUUGAAUUAUACCAAUUCAGUUGUAAAGAGCUUCAAAAAUAUAUAGAAGAAGGGAAAGAAGUGAUUAAUAAAAUCGAAGAAGAUACUUCUGAAGAAAACCCUUUGCUUUUUCGAGAAUAUAUAUCUGCUACUCACGAUAUUCGAGUCAUUAUGGAUGGACAAUUUAAACUAGUUAAGAAUUACUCGAGACUUUAUGCUAAAGGUAUAUGGUAUGAGUGGAGAGAUAAAUUACUUUUGGGUUUGAAAGAAGGGUUACAAAAUAACCUAGAAGGUUUAAAGAAAGAUGAGUUAAUUAUUAAUGAUAUCAAACCUGUUUUAAACACAUGUUUUCCUUUAAUCAAAUUGAAGUUUGAGUCUUUAAAGGAACAGUUAAACCAUUUGAGAAUGAUUAAAGAGGAAAUUAAUCAAUGUGAUCAAAAAGAAUUGAGAGAAGUUUGGUCUAGUAUAUCUAGAGUUAAUGAAGAGAUACAAAGGAAUGUAGAGAAAAUUGAAGAUAUUAAUAAGAAUAUCUAUGAAAUUGAUAAUCAAUUAAAUAAAUUGUCUGAAAAACAAAUAAUAUUAGAUCGGGAAAUUGAAGAAUAUAAAAAAGCAACUGAAGCUAAUCGUUGUUUUGAGAAAGAAGAAAUUGAAAAUAUUAAAAGAACAUUGGAAACCCUUAAAACCAUUACAGGGUGGGAAGCAAAAUCAUUUUCUCAAGAUACUGUAGUUUUCAUAUAUUUAGGUGUUAUUGAAACUACAUUUAAUUUUAUUCAAAAUAAUGUAUCAAUAAAAUGGAAUGAAGAUAUAAAAGAUAAGAUCAGAAUGUUCUUUUUUCAUUAUUUGGAAAAAAUACUAGAAAAAUGUACAAUUAAAGAAGCACUACCACUUAUAUCUCGUAUAUGGUAUAUUGCAACUUCAAUAUGGUCUGAAUUUUGUUUACUUAAAGUUCGAUAUCCUAUGUUGUAUAAUUUGACAAUUGAAGAUGGUCAACCAUUGUUAGAAAUAACUACAAAAGUUUUUUUGCCAUUAUAUUUUUUGAAAAUUUUUGUGACAUUUAAACUUCGUUACUCAAUUGUUUAUGAGUAUCCUAAUUUAAGCAAUAAUGAUUUUAUAGAUAUUAAUGUUAUUUAUGGGAAUGUCAAUGUUUCUAGGAUAUCGAAAAUUAUAUUAGAUAAAGUUUUAACAGGCGGUAUAAAAGCUUUGAUUACUGCAUGUGAUGAAUUUUAA